AUGAAUCCAAAUCUGAAUCCGAAUCUUAAUCCGAAUCUGAAUCCAAAUCUGAAUCCGAAUCUGAAUGUGAAUCUGAAUCCGAAUCUGAAUCCGAUUCUGAAUCCAAAUCCAAAUCCUAAUCCGAAUCCGAAUUGGAAUACCAAUCUGAAUAUGAAUCUGAAUCCGAAUCUGAAUCCGAAUGUGAAUCCGAAUGUGAAUCCGAAUCUGAAUCCGAAUCUCAAUCCGAAUGUGAAUCCGAAUGUGAAUCCGAAUCUGAAUCCGAAUCUGAAUCCAAAUCUGAAUCCAAAUCUUAAUCCAAAUCUUAAUCCAAAUCUUAAUCCGAAUCUCAAUCUGACUCCGAAUCUGAAUCCGAAUCUGAAUCUGAAUCUGAAUCCGAAUGUGAAUCCGGAUCCAAAUCUGAGUCCGAAUCUGAAUCCGAGUCUGAAUCUGAAUCCGAAUCUCAAUCUGAAUCCGGAUUGGAAUUCAGAAUCAGAAUAA